UGUGAUAUGGAACACGAAGGCAGAGGCAGAGUAUGUGUGACGGGGGCUUCAGGCUUUCUCGCUUCUUGGCUUAUUAAGCGACUUCUUUUGUCUGGUUAUCAUGUCAUUGGAACAGUUAGAGACUUAGGGAAGCAGAAGAAAUUUGAACAUUUAUGGAAGCUGGAAGGAGCAAAAGACAGACUCGAACUAGUAGAAGCUGAUUUAAUGGAAGAAAGCAGCUUCGACAAUGCAAUCAUGGGAUGCAAAGGUGUCUUUCACAUCGCAUCUCCUGUACUCAAACCUUCAUCAGAUCCCAAGUCAGAAAUCUUGGAACCUGCCGUCCAAGGUACGCUGAAUGUGCUUCGUUCUUGUCGGAAGAACACGGAACUUGGUCGAGUGGUUUUAACCUCAUCGUCUUCAGCUGUUAGGGUAAGAGAUGAUUUUGAUCCAAACAUACCACUGGAUGAGUCAUCCUGGAGCUCCUUGGAGUUGUGCGAGAAACUCCAGGCAUGGUACGUGAUGUCGAAGACACAGGCAGAAAGAGCAGCGUGGGAAUACUGCAAAGAGAAUGGAAUACAUUUGGUGACUGUUCUGCCAUCAUUUAUUAUUGGACCCAGCUUGCCACCAGAUUUGUGUUCUACUGCAUCUGAUGUUCUAGGCUUGCUCAAAGGGGAAACCGAGAAAUUCCAAUGGCAUGGAAGAAUGGGAUACGUUCAUAUUGAUGAUGUUGCCCUUAGUCACAUCCUUCUUUACAAGGAUGAAACUUCCCAAGGUCGAUACCUUUGCAGCUCUACAGUAAUGGAUAAUAACGAUUUGGUUGCCUUGCUAGCAGCCCGUUAUCCUGGCCUGCCCAUUCCCAAAAGGUUCGAGAAGCUAGAUAGACCACGUUACGAACUAAACACCGGGAAGCUAAGGAGUCUAGGAUUCAGGUUCAAGUCUAUUGAAGAAAUGUUCGAUGAUUGCAUUGUAUCGCUUGGGGAGCAAGGCCAUCUCACUCUUCACCCAGGACAUGGUCCAAUUUAA